AUGCCUUCACUGUCUGGUGUUUCUCUUACAUCGACUGAGCCACUAUCGACCCAUCCAGCACCUGCAGCACCUGCAGAUGUCCCAUUAUCCCGAAUGGCAACUACCGAAUAUCUCUAUGGCUCUGCAGCACAGUCAUCAUCUCGGGCAGAACAGCCCCCAUCUCCAGUUCUAUCUGAUUCUGAGUCUUCGUUGAAACACUUCCUGCGAGAUCACUUCUCUCAGCAGGAAGAGGCCAACGCAAGAACUACCGCCGAUCUCUCACACCGAUUGAGUGAGAUGACCACUACCCUGGAAAAUCUCAAAUCCACGAUGGAACAUGUGGAGGGCACACUCCAGCGUGUUGAAACGACCCUACAGAAGUCCUUUGAACUACAAACGGAACUGUUCACUUUCCAGCGCUCCUCCAUAAUGCGACAAGAAGAAAUACAAUCAGGUAUUCUAAGUCUUCUGAAGAAGCUUGCUGUUACAUCAGACUCAGAGUAGGGCACAGAGGUUCAGUGGAUAGUUAUGGCAUCUCAAAGCAUAUCAUACAUAGUUAACCAAUUCAUUUUUUCAUCCAUAUUU